CCCCAACACGCCACAACCGGCCAGCCUCGGCUCAACAGGGGAGGUAAGCGCGGCUUUCGCUGAAGCGCCCUGCUCUUCUCUGACACUCAACCCGCUUCGGAUUUAAUCAAAAAAACGGUUUUAAAAUACGUUUUUUGCAUAUUUUGGGAUGGUGCUUUUAGACUUUAACACUCCGUGUGUGGAAUAUUUCAUUUGUAGCGGUUUUUGUUAGCGGCAUCUUGGCGCAGAGACGCAGCUAGCAGAUGCGGGCUAAACGUAACUAGCAUGCUAACAACACCGCCGAUGAGGACUGGAACAUCCUCGCGCUGCCGCCCUUGGGUUAAUCUGUGCUCACUCGCUCCGUGUAAGCCGCGCCGUGAUCGCUGCGUGACUGUGGACAUUUAUAUGUUUUUGUCUCCACUCGUGACAUAAAAAAGGUGUUUUUUUGGCGCCGCGAGGCUGUCUGCAUCAAGCUAACGUCCUCGUCCGAAGCCGCGAGCGCUCGAAAGUGAGGAAACGGUCGGGUCGAGUGGGAGUUCUCGGCGCUGCUGGUGCCUCGGAGCCGGAUGACACGACAGCUCUGACGGUCACAUCUGAGAGGGAGCCCGAGCAUCACCCGCUGGUUGAAGGGAUUAUUAUUAUUUUUAAGUGGAUUUUUUGGCCUCCGGAUCGGGAGUUAGCCGCCGUCUUCUCCCAGCGACCUCCCCGCUGCGUCACCCUCCGAUGUGGGGAUCUCAGUAGCGCCGGCGACCUGACCCCCCCCCCCCCUCCACCCCCCACGGCUGCCGGACAUGCUGAAGUGUAUCCCCCUGUGGCGCUGCAACCGCCACGUCGAGUCGAUUGACAAGCGGCAUUGCAACCUGCAGACGGUCCCCGAUGAAAUCUUCCGCUACAGCCGGAGUUUGGAGGAGCUCCAGCUCGAUUUCAACCAACUCAAAGAUCUACCAAAGCCUUUCUUCAGACUACUGAAUCUCCGCAGACUUGGCCUGAGCGACAAUUUGCUCCAGAAACUCCCUCCUGAUGUGUCCAACUUCAUGCAGCUGGUGGAACUGGACAUCUCCAGAAAUGAGAUUUCCGAGAUCCCGGAGAGCAUUAAGUUUUGCCGGGCCCUGGAGAUCGCAGACUUCAGUGGGAACCAUCUGUCCAGACUGCCGGAUGGUUUCACUCAGCUGCGAGCUCUGGCUCACUUGACGCUCAACGAUGUGUCUUUACAGACGUUGCCCAGCGAUAUUGGGAAUCUGGCCAAUCUGGUGACGCUGGAGCUCAGGGAGAACCUUCUGAAGUCUCUACCCACAUCUCUCUCAUUUCUUGUGAAACUGGAACAGCUGGACCUCGGCAACAAUGAACUGGAAGUUUUGCCCGACACCCUUGGCGCUCUCCCCAACCUGCGGGAGCUGUGGUUAGAUCGAAAUCAGUUGUCCUCCUUGCCUCCAGAGCUGGGAAACCUCCGGCGGCUCGUGUGUCUGGAUGUGUCGGAGAAUCGUCUGGAGGAGCUUCCCUCAGAAGUCAGUGGCCUCCUGGCUCUGACCGACCUGCUGCUCACACAGAACAUGCUGGAAGCCCUCCCCGACAGCAUAGGUUCUCUGAAACAGCUUUCUAUCCUCAAAGUGGACCAGAACAGGCUGACCCACCUGACCGACUCGGUCGGAGAGUGCGAAAACCUCACAGAACUCGUUCUCACCGAGAACUUUUUACAGUCUCUUCCGAGCUCUCUGGGAAAGCUGAAGAAGCUGACCAAUCUGAAUGUAGACCGAAACCGGCUGGGCAGUGUGCCUGCCGAGCUGGGCGGCUGUGCCAGCCUCAACGUGCUCUCUUUGAGGGACAACCGCCUGGACAGACUGCCUGCCGAGCUUGCAGAUGCCACUGAGCUGCACGUGCUGGAUGUGGCUGGAAACAGGUUGCAAAAUUUGCCUUUUGCUCUGACAAACCUCAAUCUGAAGGCCAUGUGGCUCGCAGAGAACCAGUCCCAGCCCAUGCUCAAGUUCCAGACGGAGGACGACGAGCGGACCGGAGAGAAGGUGCUGACCUGCUAUUUAUUGCCCCAGCAGCCAUCAUCCAGCCUUGAGAACCUGCAGCAGAACAGCGUGGAUGACAGUUGGACAGACAGCAACCUGAACCGGGUGUCAGUCAUUCAGUUCCAGGAAGAGACCAAGGCUGAGGAAGAGGAGGACGAGGAGGCUGCAGCAGAGCGCAGAGUCAGCAGAUCUGACAUCUCUUCUGGCCUUCUGCGCAGAGCAACGCCGCACCCGAGUCAGCUGAAGGUGAUGAAGAAGGGUAUGGAGGACAGGAGGAACGAAGCCUACACACCUAAAACUGAUGAAGAGGAAUCGCUCGACCCUCAGGAGAAACGCCUCAGUGACCUUUCCAACCAGAGCCACGACUCUCACAGCACGCUGUCGGCCACCUCCCACGAGGACAGACGCAAUGCCGCACCGCAGAGGGGCGACGUGGUGGAUGGACACGCCGCUCAGGAGGACGAGGAAGAGCUGGAUGAGAUGGAGGUGGAGUACAUCGAGCCAACUGUGCACUUUGCAGAAGAGCCCAUCAUCCGAGGUGGGGAGGAGGACGACGAAGACGAAGGAGAGAACGGCGAGAGGAGUGACGAAGAAGACGAGCGGCCGGUGUACGUCGCGGAGAAGCAGCGGCUGAUCAGAAAGGACACGCCACACUACAAGAAGCACUUCAAAAUCACCAAGCUGCCCAAACCCGAGGCUGUGGCUGCACUGCUGCAGGGGUUCAACCCCGACAGCCUCCACCCCCCACCACAGCCAGCCCUGGAGGAUGAAGAGGACGAGGAUGAGGAGGAGGAGGAGGAGAGCUUCGGCACUCCUCAGCCUCGGCGGAGAGCGGAGGACAUGGAGGACAGCCGACAUCACAUCAACUCUAGUCAAGUGAAGGGGGUGUCAUUUGAUCAAGUCAAUAAUCUGCUGAUUGAACCUGCUCGAAUUGAGGAGGAAGAGCACACUCUGACCAUCGUGCGGCAGACGGGCGGCCUCGGCAUCAGCAUCGCUGGAGGAAAAGGAUCCACGCCUUACAAAGGAGAUGAUGAGGGAAUCUUCAUCUCCAGAGUGUCUGAGGAGGGUCCUGCGGCGAGGGCGGGGGUGAAAGUGGGAGACAAACUCCUGGAGGUAAACGGCGUAGACCUGCAUGAAGCAGAGCACCACACUGCCGUGGAGGCUCUGCGGAGCUCCGGCGCCACCGUCUCCAUGACAGUCCUGCGGGAGCGGAUGGUGGAACCGGAGAACGCCAUCACCACCACGCCGCUGAGACCCGAGGAUGACUACUUCCCACGGGAGAGACGGAGCAGCGGGCUGGGCUUCAGCGUGGACGCCAGUCCACCUGGACAGCGGCAGUGCUUCUCCACCUGUCUGAUCCGCAACGACAAGGGUCUGGGGUUCAGCAUCGCCGGGGGGAAGGGCUCCACGCCAUACCGCACGGGAGACAUGGGAAUCUACAUCUCCCGGAUAGCCGAGGGUGGAGCGGCACACAGGGACAGCACACUGCGAGUGGGCGACAGGGUGAUCUCCAUCAAUGGUGUAGACAUGACAGAGGCCAGGCAUGACCAGGCAGUAGCUCUGCUUACCGGCACCUCCCCCACCAUUACACUACUGGUGGAGCGAGACCCGAAUGCACCAGCGGGCUCUCCAGGUCAGAAUCGGGCGCGCUCCCACUCACCUCCGCCUCCAGAGCCGUCAGAUUCUCCGGACCAGGAGGAAGACGGCUUCCAGGGGAACCAUUCGGGCCGGAUGGAGGACGAGUACCCCAUCGAGGAAGUGACCCUGGUGAAGUCGGGAGGCCCUCUGGGCCUGAGCAUCGUCGGCGGCAGCGAUCACGCCAGCCAUCCUUUCGGCAUAAACGAGCCCGGGGUCUUCAUCUCAAAGGUCAUUCCUCACGGUCUGGCGUGUCAGAGCGGACUGCGCGUUGGCGACAGGAUAUUGGAGGUGAACUCCACCGACCUGCGGCACGCCACACACCAGGAGGCCGUGCGCGCCCUGCUGGCCAACAAGCAGGAGAUUCGGAUGCUGGUGCGGAGGGACCCCUCGCCCCCUGGGAUGGAGGAAAUCUUCAUCCAGAAGCAGCCAGGAGAGAAGCUCGGCAUCAGCAUUCGGGGGGGAGCCAAGGGGCACGCCGGAAACCCCUUCGACCCCACAGAUGAGGGCAUCUUUAUUUCCAAGGUCAGCUCGACAGGAGCUGCAGCCAGAGACGGAAGACUGCAGGUCGGGAUGCGGAUCCUGGAGGUGAACAACCACAGCCUCCUGGGAAUGACCCACACGGAGGCGGUGCGGGUCCUCCGGGCGGUCGGGGACUCUUUGGUUGUGCUGGUGUGUGACGGCUUCGACCCACGCAAGGUGGCUGCUGUGGAGGCGUCUCCUGGGAUCAUCGCAAACCCGUUUGCCACAGGAAUCGUACGCAAGAACAGCAUCGAGAGCAUCUCCUCCAUCGACCGGGAGCUGAGCCCAGAGGAGAUGGACAUUUUACAGAAGGAAUCUGAGAUGGUGAGAGAGACGUCACAGUGGGAGCGAGAAGAGAUGGAGAAAGUGGAGCGAAUGCGCUUGGAGCGCGAGGAGGCGACACGCCUGCUCGAGGAGGAGACGGAGAAUAUCAGCAGCGGACCUUUGAAGCUGGACUACAAAACGCUGGCUGCCCUGCCCACCACCAGCCUGCAGAAAGUCAACAGGUUCUCUCAUUCUGUCAUGGAGGCGCCGCUGCAGGCUGAGAGCAGAGUCCCCUUAAACCCCCCGAGCUGUGGCCUGCGGCCCGGCAGCAGUUAUCCCCAUGGACCCCAGGUAGCUACCAGUGACAGCGGCAGCUCCACGUCAGCUUUUGAUUCAACAGUCUGUCUGGACCAGGAGGAGGAAGAGGAGGAGGAGGAAUGCUUGGUGGACUCGCAGCCCAUGUGCUUCAAAGAAAACCCCUUCUUAGUGGCUAAUCGCAGGGGAAAGGCUCUUCCUCCCGGAGAGCAGAUCCUGUCGGGGCCUCCUGUGGGCUACGGCCGGCAGGGCCAGCUGCAGCCCUGGCUGUUCAACAAGGCGCCCUCCUCCGAUUACACCCGAACGGACAGCCCCGUCAGGGAGGCGCCGUACUCGCCCAGCUUCCAGCCGCCCAGCCACCACUCCUCCAGCAGCUCCCUGUGUGCAGGCAGGGAGACCCGCUUUGCAAACAUUAAUUUCUCCCCCAACGCCAAGGACAGCCCCCCGUCAUCAACUCGACCCGGCGCCAUCCAGCCAGUGGGGCGCGUGCGGCCAGGCGCCUCCCCGUCCACGCCAGACGGACACAGCCCGAACCCAUUCCAGCAUGACCCCUCCCCCUUCAACUCCCAGACCUCUCCUCGCGCCCCCUCCCCCACUUCGCCCGAUGAGUUUCCAAUGAAUGUCAAGCAGGCAUACAAGGCGUUUGCCGCCGUGCCGCGCUCGCUGGCAGUGCUGGAGCCGCCGCAGGACCCGAACGGCGUGAGGAACAACCUCCACCCGAAGCAGCCCUCUCCAGAGCCCCACAACGAGGUGUUUGAUGACGACUUGGAUGGUCAGGGGGGCAGCCCCCCCCGGCCCUCCCUGUCUUCUGAGGAGUAUUUGAACCUGGCAGCGGUGCCCCGCCUCUCCAGGCUGACCCAGAACCGGCAGAGUCCUUCGCCCGGCAACAAAAACAGCCCAGAGCAGCGCUCUUUCCGGGACAGGCAGAAAUACUUUGAGAUCGACGUGAAUCAGCAGACUCCCGACAAACCCAAACCCAGAGUUUCCCUCGUCGGAGAGGACGACCUCAAGAAAAUGAGAGAAGAAGAAGAGAGAAGAUUUGAGCAGAGAGCAAGAGAAUACCUGAUGGACGACGAGGACGAAGACGAUGAGGAGGAGGACCUGGCCAAGCAGGUGGCGCAGAUGAAAGCCACGGGGAAGGUGUUACUGGAUGGAGUGGAAUACAAGGUCGAGCCCGUUUCCUCGCCACCUCAGCACGCCUCCCCGGCACCAAACUACAGCUUUACCCCGCCAAGCCACCUCAGCGGCUCAGGGUUUUCCUCGUUCGACGCUAAGGCAGAGCCGGAGAGGAACUCGCCGGUGGACGGCUUCAGGCUGGAACAGAGGCCCAACUCUAUGGCGGGUCUCAUCCCAGUUUACCCCGGAGAGUCGGCGGCUCCCGUCCGCACGGCAAAGGCAGAACGGCGGCACAACGAGAGGCUCCGCAUGCAGAGCCCCGAGCUGGCCGUGGCCCCCGACAAGGACCUGUCCCCCGCAGAGAAACGGGCUCUGGAGGCGGAGAAGAGGGCCAUGUGGCGGGCGGCACGGCCCCUAGAGGAGGAUGUUAGACAGUAUGAGCAGGACCUGGCUAAAAGGCUCUAUCAGGCCCGAGUGAGAGCCGCCCAGGGCGCGACCCCUCAGCCCCCCACUUCCUCCUCUGAAGCUCCUCCCCAGCUCAGAAUGAAGUCUUUGGAGCAGGACGCGCUGAAGGCUCAGAUGGUCAUCGCCAAGUCGAGGGACAGCAAGAAGCGGGGGGCGCUAGACCAGCUGACCGAGUCCCCCUCCCCUGCCCCGACGCCCUCCCCCACACCUAUGGAAGAUCUCAAACCUCGAGGGUUCACCUCACCGGGCAGACUGUCCGCGCCAAUCAAGAAGUUUGACUACCGACAGUUUGCCGCCAUUCCUUCUUCCAAACCCGUUUACGACAUCCAGUCUCCCGAAAUGACCGAAAACAUUCAAUACAUCGACAGCUCCAGCAGCCCAGGUGACCAGGACUAGGCCGCCGCUCGUGGGAACAAUGCCAACCCUGAAGUCGAGGCCCCGCCCCCACUGCCUGCCACCUCGGCCCUGGAGGAGAUGGCGCUGUACAGCAGCAAACGUAAACUGAGGCAGGGCCGCCGCAGCCUGGAGACCGCCGUUCCCACAUAACGCUCAGCCGUCACUCUUCUAUGUAAAACCACUGCACAGACGCCGCCGCUCUGCUCUGCGGGGGGGCCGGCCUUGCCUUUACAGCUCACGGAGGCGCUGGAGCUCAACGGUCCCUGGCGGGCAGGGAGGGAGGAGCUAGUAGGGUUAGCUAGGACUGCUACUGGAUUUUCUUUGGUUUGCCUGAUAGUCUGGUCUGUUUUAACUUGGGUGAUCACAUUUUUAGUGGAUUUUACUUUUGCAUCUGUUUUUAGUUUUUUUUUUUAACAACCUAGAAACUGGAAAAGAAAUGGGUCUUUACUAACUUUCCGCGGCUUUGGAUGUGACAGACGGGGGCUGUAUAUUUGAAUAUUUGAUCUCUAACUGAAGAGGGAACAGCUUGCUACCUUCAUCAUCAGAGUGUGGAGAGCUUUUUUUUUUUUAAAUAAAAAAUACAUAUCAUUUUUGCACUGCCACUGAUCAGCAUUUUGAAACAUUUUUUGUCUAAUUUAUUGUUUUUAAAUGAAAAGGCUUUUAUUUUGAAAGUUUUAACCCAUUUUUAGGCAAAUCCUAAUGAAGUUUUCCUCUCAUUUAAACAAUUUGAACAGGAUUUCCAUCAUUUACACAGACAUCAGCUACAUUCCCCUGUAGAGAGCAGCAAACGUACACAAGUUCAAAUUCCUUUAGGGGGAAUUUUACCUUUUUUUUAAUUUUUUGGUUAAUGGUACGUUGACCUGGUUUUUUCUAUUCUAAUCAAUGUGAAUCAGCUGUUUCACGAGGCGCCACAGGGAUGUGAAGGUAGCGGGUGUUUUUAUUUUAUCGGUUAAUUUAAAUCUGAUGCCACUGAAUAAAAUAAUUGUUUUUGUGAAUAAUGUACAAAUGCCGAAAGGAAAAAAGAUGAGUUUGAAUCUGAGCCAAUGUCGACACAAACGCCCGCCGCUGGGGGCGGGCGCUUGGGUUGGUUAUGGGAGAACUCGUCAGGAAUCGCUCUGGCUCACCUCCACCCCCACUUCCCAUCAGAUGGCGUUUCUGUUGGGAAUAUGCUAGCGUUUUAAUUUAAUGUAGGGUUUUCUUAUCUUAGCUUUUAAUGUCGCUCUCACUGACUGAAAUUCAGUUUCGUUUUUUGUUUUAUUUUUUACUUUGAGUUGGUAAAUCUCUUCCGAUGGGUUUCACUACACGAUCCAUGCUGUGUUUGGUUUCAUGUCAAGCAAACUGAGAGGUUCAGAGUUCUAGGGUCAGAGGUUAUAGCUCACACAAGACUGUAACUAGUGAAUUUGUACAACCAAAGAAGUCUAUUUUGUGGUUCAGGAAUAAUAAAAUUUACUUUUCAUUUAAGAGGCUGAAUCUCUGAGUCGUGUCUUUUGUCGGGUUUGAACAAAACGUCCCCAAAGUUAAAAAUUAGGAAAGAAAAUACGCAGAAGGACUUUUAAAUUAGGCAAGGUUUUAUUCCCUUCAAGUGAACCAAAUCCUCAAAUAUUUGUAGUCUGAAUGAUUAUUAUCUGAUCACUUAAAACAUAUUUUUAUCCCAAGAUUUUCCCCCCUGAUUUUUUAUUGGUUCAAAGUGCUUCAAGUGGUUAAAAGUCAAUUAAUAUAAAGAUUUUACUUAAUAAGAAAUUGUAAACUGUAUUUUUAAGUAAAUUACUGUGAUAUUUGUUGUAAAAACACAUUAUACAAUCUAACAAACAUGAGUAAACAGUCAAAUAGAAUCAACCUACUUUAGAAUAGAGAUUUCUUUUACCGUUUAAUCCCAAUCUAUUUUGUGAAAUAAAUCCUAAUUUGGAAACGAUUUGCUCUGAUGGAGUUUGGACGUGUAAAGAUCAGCGGUGUUUGCCUUCAACAAAUCAAUAAAAGCGUUUUGGAAAUGUCUCUAAGGUUUGGACUUUGCUGCUGAGUGGAAAACAAAAACUAAACGUAACUAAAAGUUAAACCAGAUCCAGAGGAUAGAAGAGAAUCAGAAUGAGAGGACUAACAUUAUUCUGUUUGUUUGGAUGCGUUCUGACUGCAGCAGCUGAAAUCCCGAUAUCUGCGUGUCCGGGAUGUUUUGCCGCACUGGAGGGUUACAACGAACCUUCCUUCAACUCCUCAGAGGUUUUAACUGAAAAUACGUCUAACAUCACAUCAACACCAGAAACAAAAGUGGACAAAAAUGAAGGUGGAGAUGAAACCCUCGGGGGGAAACCGACUGACGUUGCGUCUUCCCAGCCUGGGAACUGGCGUUAGCUGAGUCUAGACCUGAAUAGCAGGACGCUCUGUGUUGGUCAUCCGUGAGAAAAGGCUGUUCAGGUCCAAAGAUGAUGUGGGAGGACAGUGAGAAGACAAUCACAAUUAAUGUUCUCUGACAGCCCUGCAGCUGCGUUCUGUUUCCCCUCCUUAGAGCUCAGCGCAAAUGUAAAUUAGGGAAAAACCCAACAAACUUAAUAAAAGGGGAGGCGACAGAAGUGGAGAGAGAUGGUUGCUGGGUGUGAUCUCUGUUCGCUCUCCUCGUAAAGGUA